CUAAUCAAUCAUCAUGCCGCUAUCAGUGCGUACAACAAUCGAAUCCUUGGUUAAGGAAUUCAAUGAUAACACCAGUGGUCCGAAACGGUUGCACCAGUCCAGAACGCGCUUUAUGCCCGUUACGUUCGGUCGAGAUGGGCAACCACAAUUCAAAAAAGACCCCCGCAGCGCUGCGGAAGCGCAAGACUUUUACGAGCUACGUGACCGCUGCCGUCGCGGUGGCACCCUCUUCGAAGAUCCCGAGUUUCCCGCCAAUGCUUCAUCGCUGAGCUUCAGCGGUGACUAUCGGUUGAACAUUCGAUGGCUGCGGCCGAAAGAGAUCAGCCAAGGGGCGGUGUUCUUCGAGAACAGCUACUCACGGUUCGACAUAAACCAGGGCGAACUCGGUGACUGUUGGCUGCUGGCGGCUGCCGCCAAUUUAACGCAGAAUCCAAUGCUGUUCUCGCGGAUUGUUCCCGACGAUAACAGUUUUGUGGAGAAUUACGGCGGAAUAUUUCAUUUCCGCUUCUGGAGAUUCGGUCACUGGUGUGACGUUGUGAUCGAUGACCGGUUGCCGACGAUCAAUGGGAGUUUGGUCUAUAUGAGGUCGACGGAGAAGAAUGAGUUUUGGAGUGCGCUGCUGGAAAAAGCUUACGCCAAGCUGUUUGGUUCUUAUGAAGCGUUACGAGGUGGUUCGGCUAGUGAAGCAAUGGAAGAUUUUACCGGAGGUGUUACGGAAACGUUUGAUAUGAAAGAUGUUCCGAAAGAUUUGUUCCAAAUUAUUGAGAAAGGUUUUCGAAACCACGCUAUGUUUGCUUGUAGUUUGGAACCAGAUCCAACUAAGUUUGAAGCCGAAACUCCGCAAGGUUUAAUUAAGGGGCAUGCGUAUUCAAUCACUAUGGCUAAGAUGGUGGAUAUUGAAACUCCUAGAACCAAGGGAAAGAUACCCCUUUUGCGGUUAAGAAAUCCGUGGGGCAAUGCAAAUGAGUGGAAUGGGGCGUGGAGUGAUAAGUCACCAGAAUGGCGGUUUAUUCCGGAGGAAACCAAGAAGGAAAUUGGAUUGAUUUUUGAAGUGGAUGGAGAAUUCUGGAUGUCGUAUCAGGAUUUCGUUAAACAUUUUGACCGAAUUGAGAUCUGUAAUCUUAGUCCGAAUUGCCCGAUCGUUCGUCAACAGGGGGAAUACCCUUGGAAGCAAGCAUCGUUCGAAGGAGAAUGGGCGAUCGGAAGCACAGCCGGAGGCUGUCGAAAUUAUCCGGACACGUUCUGGCACAAUCCUCAGUAUGUGAUUAGUUUAGAAGAUCCGGACAAAGAUGAUGAUGAUGCCAAAGCAACAGCGAUCGUUGCACUGAUGCAGAAGCAUCGGCGUUCGAAACGCAAUAAAGGAAUAGACUGCCUAACGAUAGGGUUCAUAAUAUAUCGAGUAACCGAAGCUGAUCUCGUAAAUAAGCCUCUGCCAAAGGAAUUUUUCCUCCGCAAUGCAUCCGUAGCUAGGUCCACUUUCAUCAAUCUGCGCGAAGUUACCUGCCGAUUCCGACUGGAUCCCGGAACGUACGUGAUAAUACCAUCCACUUUCGACCCGAACGUUGAAGGCGAGUUCCUGAUUCGGGUGUUUUCGGAGUGCCCCAGCUGUAUGAGCGAAAAUGACCAAUGUGUUGGCGUCUGCGAUAUGGACCCUCGGGUUCCAGCCGGUGUUAGUAGCAGUCCAGUAGCAGCAAUCGAUCAGACCCUUCCGGAUCCGACAAAACCCAACCCUCAGCGGGAAGCAAUGGAGCGACUAUUCAUCGACGUAGCCGGAGAAGAUGGUGAAGUGGACUGGAUGGAAUUGAAGAUGGUGCUGGAUCAUUGUUUCCGUGAUGACAUUGCCAUCGCGGCGAAAGGACUUUCCCGAAGCUAUCGGUUCGCUCCGCUGGGCACACACUUGAAAAGUCCCUCCGCUAUUGCCACAGGUGAACCGGUCUGUUGUGGAUUGCUGGCCAUCCUGCAGGAUUGGUACGUCAACAUGGCUGGAGGUGAUAACCGGCCUGAGCAAGCCACUUCCGCGGAUGCGGUGUUUUCAAAGGAAAAAGUUCCGUUGCUUUCCGCGGUCGCCACAAGUGGAGGCUUUUCGAAGGACGCCUGCCGCUCGAUGGUUGCCAUGCUGGACGAAGACGGAUCCGGAAAGUUAGGAUUCGUGGAGUUCCAGAAGCUGCUGACCGAGAUCGCUCGGUGGAAGGCGGUUUUCAAACUGUACGAUCAGAAUCGUACCGGCCGUUUGAAUCCGUUCGAGCUGCGAACGGCACUGCAGUCGGCCGGAUAUCAUCUUAAUAACAAGAUUCUCAACAGCUUAAUGCAUCGAUACGGCUCGAAGGAGGGGGAAAUUUGGUUUGACGAUUUCAUUACCUGCGCGGUGAAAAUUAAAACCAUGAUUGACAUUUUCCGAGCGAAGGACGUCAAUGGCACGAACGUGGCCUCAUUCAAUAUGGACGAAUGGAUCCAUAAAACAAUUUACUCUUAGGUUUUCAUUAUUUUAAAGUGUGUCUUAC